UUUGAUUAAUUUCAGACAAAAUGCCGGCAUUUUCACCGAGAGGUGGAGGAGGUGGUCGAGGUUUCUCUCCUCGAGGAGGACCAAGGGGAGGUGGUGUCCGUGGUGGAGGUCGGGGAGGAUUCUCUCCCGGCGGACGUGGAGGAUUUUCCCCCGGAGGUAGAGGAGGUGGUGGCCGUGGAGGUCGUGGAGCUCCAAGAGGAGGUCGCGGUGGCCGUGGAGGUAUGGGAGGCGGAAAGAAGGUUGUAGUGGAACCCCAUAGACACGAGGGAGUCUUUAUCUCCAGGGGGAAGGAGGACGCACUGCUCACUAAGAACAUGGCUGUUGGAGAAUCUGUAUACGGAGAGAAGAGAAUCUCUGUUGAGGACGAGGCAGGAAAGGUCGAAUACAGAGUCUGGAAUCCGUUCAGAUCUAAGCUCGCCGCCGCCAUCCUUGGUGGAGUAGAUAAAAUCCACAUGCCUCCUGGCAGCAAGGUUUUAUACCUAGGAGCUGCCAGCGGUACAACAGUCUCUCAUGUAUCUGAUGUUGUUGGACCAGAGGGAAUGGUUUAUGCAGUUGAAUUCUCACACAGAUCCGGAAGAGAUCUAUUGAACGUUGCUAAAAGACGAACAAAUGUUGUUCCCAUUAUUGAGGACGCUCGUCACCCUCACAAGUACAGGAUGUUGGUUCCUAUGGUCGACACAGUAUUUGCCGACGUUGCACAGCCCGACCAGGCUAGAAUUGUUGCACUCAACGCCCAAUAUUUCCUCAAGAACGGCGGACAUUUCGUUAUUUCCAUCAAGGCCAACUGUAUUGACUCAACAGCCGAGGCUGAGGCCGUAUUUGCCGGCGAGGUCAAGAAAAUGCAGGCUGAGAAGAUGAAACCUCAAGAACAGGUCACCCUGGAGCCCUAUGAGAGAGACCACGCAGUUGUGGUUGGAAUUUACAGACCCCCUCCCAAGAAGAAGGAAUAGAUGGAUAUUCAAUCUGAUGUAUAUUGUAUGGCCGCAUUUUUUUUUGAUGUGAAUAAAAAAUAUUGUUAACCAACCUUUA